AUGGGACCAAGAGCAUUUUACGGUGUUAACCAGGGAUUCCAACGUGGCGUAUUUUACAGUUGGCACGAUUGCGAACAACAGGUAAAAGGUUACAAAGGAGCUAUUUUCAAGAAGUUUAAUAGUUUCGAAGAGGCCAAAAAUUUUGCGCAUGGGACUAGCUCAAACAACUCGAACAAUCGAGGCCUUCGCAAUGAAAAUAAUAACUCUAAGAUUAAGAAUAGGAUGAAUAAUGCCAGGGCUCCGGAUGUAGGCAUUAGGAAACAACAUAGUCUACCGUCACACCUACCAAGAGAUGCUGCUGAAAGGAUUGUGAAACAUACUAAAUUUUACGCAGUAAAAAGUGGGAACCCAACUGUUCAAAGUAUGAUUUUCAGGAGUUGGCCUGAAUGUAAAAGUUAUAUUUAUCGUCAAAAAGGUCUGUCAUUCAAAAGUUUUGAUUCUCUAGAGGAUGCAGAAAACUUUAUCAAUGGUGUAUCGAAUCCUUCUUUAGACUAUGACUUGAUGGGGGUCCGUUCCCUGGAAUUUCAGACUAUAUAUAAGCUAAAUCCAUUCAAUACUGCUUUCUAUACUUCCAAAUGUAACGUCUAUUGUGACGGUUCUUCAUUAGGGAAUGGGAAAUAUGGUGCUCGUGCUGGUUAUGGUGUGUUUUUUGAGACCCAGCCUUCGCUUAACAUUUCGGAUAGAUUAAGAAUAGGUGCUCAAACCAAUAAUAGAGGUGAAAUACAAGCUGUCUCUGAGGCAUUGAAGGCUAUUUGGAAAAUCCUGAGUACAUCGCCUAAUAAACUGAAUUUUCAAAUCAUAACAGAUUCUGAAUAUGUUGCGAAGUUAUUGAAUGACAGAUAUAUGACGUACUCAAUUGAUAAGAUACAUAUUUUACCGAACCAUGAUUUGAUUGUACCAUUAUUGGCAUACUUCACUUGUGUGAAGAAAUAUUAUGAAAUCAAUGCUGAUUUCUUUGCCAAUAAAGGGAACUUUAAGAUUGAGUGGGUAAAAGGCCAUGCUGGACAUUAUGGGAACGAAAUGGCCGAUGAACUGGCAAGAAGAGGGGCAUCUAUGGACUGA